AUGACAGGACCGGCUCCGAGGAAGGAGAAGCAGGGGAGGGCAAAGGAAACACGGGCAACCAACGCAGGCGGUACGCGACCUUCCGUCACGUGUAAACCGGCGUUUCACCUUUUGUCCUAAUUGAGUCGGCAACCUCUGCUUGCGUUCUCGAAUAGGGAAAAGGGUUUCGGCCAUAGGUCCAUUGUGAGGUGCAUAUAGAAGGAGGGGUCAACAGAACACCGGGGGCCAGGUGUUAGCUGGCCUUCCCCGCCACAAAUCCAGAAGCCAUCUGUCCACCGCACCUAACCACCGAAGGCGGACAGGCCGCUGGAAGAGUGAGAGAGUGAGGGAGAACGGUGAGAGAGAGCCUCGCGGAACGAAAAAAAAAAAAGGCGGCGAGACGACGAGACUCCGCAGUCCACCACACUACGCAUCGUCCUCUUCGAAGUUCGAAUUCUUUAUGGUGUGCGUUAACCCGACGGACGACGGCGGCGAUGGAGGAGCAAGUGGCAGUUGCGGCGGCGGCGGCGGCGGAUGCGGAGGUGGAGGCUUCUUCUUGGGCCCGCGUCAACACCACCAGCAGCACGGCGGUCCUGUGGGCGUGGCGCUCCCGGGGGCCGCGGGCUCCUUGACCACCGCCGGCUCUGCCGCCGCCACCGUGCCAGAGGACCCCAACAAGAAGAUCCGGAAACCGUACACCAUCACCAAGUCUCGGGAGAACUGGACCGAACAGGAGCACGACAAGUUCCUCGAGGCUCUCCAGCUGGAGCUGAAAGGUGUAACUGAUGUAGGAGUCUGGAAAAUUCUGGGUGUCUUCAUCUGCCUGCAAAUUGAUUACAAAAUAGGGGAUGUACGAAAAUAAAAGAUAAGUGAAUCUUAAUUUCAGUCAUAAUGAGACAUCAUGGCUGAUGGGCCGUAUGCUUAUUAUUCCAAUUCUGAGAGUCAUGUCCCUCUUUAUGGUUUUAUUAAGAGAAUUUAAAUAGCAUCUAUCUAUCUAGUUUGAUUGUUAUAAUGGAUAUCUAUCUUCCUUCCAUUGCAGUAUAUGUAUAAAGGGUCUUGUUGUAGAUAUACUUCUAAAGUUUCAAAUGGGGAUUUUCAUGGAGA